GCGACUGGCUGUUAGGCCGUGGGUCUCCGCCCCACAGCCCUGCGCCUGCGCGUGGGCCUGGGCCGCCCGUCGUACCUGAUGGUAGGAGGCAGUAGUUCCCCGCUUCCCUUCCGCGGGAGGGUGAGUUAGCUAGCCAUCCAAGAAAACACCAUGAAAGAUACCGAUAUCAAGAGACUACUGUAUACCCAUCUUUUAUGCAUAUUUUCAAUUAUCCUAAGUGUCUUCAUUCCAUCACUCUUCUUGGAGAACUUCUCAAUAUUGGAAACACACUUGACAUGGUUGUGCAUCUGUUCUGGUUUUGUAACUGCUGUCAAUCUAGUACUAUAUUUAGUAGUGAAACCAAAUACAUCCUCUAAAAGAAGUUCAUUAUCACACAAGGUAACCAGAUUUUUGAAAUGCUGUAUCUACUUUCUUAUGUCUUGUUUCUCCUUUCAUGUAAUUUUUGUUCUGUAUGGAGCACCACUAAUAGAGUUGGCAUUGGAAACAUUUUUAUUUGCAGUUAUUUUGUCUGCUUUUACUACUGUGCCUUGCUUAUGUUUGUUAGGACCAAACCUCAAAGCAUGGCUAAGAGUGUUCAGUAGAAAUGGAGUUACAUCCAUAUGGGAGAACAGUCUCCAGAUCACUACAAUUUCUAGUUUUGUAGGAGCAUGGCUUGGAGCACUUCCUAUUCCACUGGAUUGGGAAAGACCAUGGCAGGUAUGGCCCAUCUCCUGUACGCUUGGAGCGACCUUUGGCUACGUGGCUGGCCUUGUUAUUUCACCACUCUGGAUAUACUGGAAUAGAAAGCAACUUACAUACAAGAACAAUUAACUGGAGCAAAGGGAGAUAUUUCUUUGUGCAGAUUCUGUAAGGGCUGUGCAGAAAUAUGUAUGGUCAAAGCCAAGCAGUUCCAUUUACAGCUCUGUUUUUUAUGUAGUUACAACACGAUGUGAUUGUAGCUUUUUAAACUAUGAAACCCCUGAGAGAUUGUACCUUCUAGUUGAAAUAAAGUAUUUAUAAUAGA